AAAUAACUCUGAGUUUUAAUAUAGGAAAUCUUUGCUGCUGAAUGUUUGUCUAGCUGGUAGUGUUGUUUAGGAGGCACCCCUUCAUACCAGCAGCUGGGAAGAAUGUAAAAGUCACACAGAGGUUUCUGUUGGGGGGGGCGAAGCAAGCCUUCAGAAUGAUUUUUUUCAUUUAUUUAAUAUUUCAGAUACCAAGAUGAAUUCCUUUGAUUACUUCACCUAAUGCUUCAAGCCAAGCUCAGAGAUCAGAGCAUUGGUUGUAAAGUGUGGUGAAAUUGAUACAGAAAUAAGCAGUUGAAAGGAAUAGUAGUAAGGAAGGAAGCACAAGGCACACAAAACAGAAGGGCUAAAUGAGAGAGAAAGAGAGGCAGAGAAGGGGAAGUUACAGCAGCUAGAAAGGGGAGGAAGUGGGAGACCUGCUGCUUCCUGUAGACAGAAUGAUGAUUGAAGACAAAGCUGGGUGUGGACUCGUCUCUCAGGGCUGCUGCCUACACAGCUGGUAAGCUUGGAUUCUCCUGCAUAUUUAACCAGUUUUAAGAAGAGAAGAGUGAAUAUCUGCUUUCAAUUUAAUGACCAAGGUUGUAUUGAACUAGUUGUCAGAAGAAGAGGAAACUAAAAACGGAUCAUAAAGAAACCCAAGCCCUCAGAGAGAACAUAAUACCACAUUGAGUAUUUAGAGAUCAAAUGGCGAGCAACAACACAACAGGCAUAGCACAAGCCAGAAAGAUGGUGGAACAACUAAAAAUGGAAGCCAACAUUGAUAGAAUAAAGGUAUCCAAAGCAGCAGCAGAUUUGAUGGCUUACUGCGAAGCCCAUGCUAAAGAAGAUCCUUUGCUGACACCAGUUCCUGCAUCAGAAAACCCCUUCAGAGAGAAGAAGUUCUUUUGUGCUGUCCUGUAAAGUCUCACACAGCCUGAAAAUCAGGCUGUUCUGAACAAUGAUGUUGAAUUUUACCAAUGUGGACACCUUUAUGUCCACAGAAUUUUUAGCAAAGCCUGGAAGCUACAGGGAUGUGCAUGUUUAAAGAAUCUUGUCAGCUUAUUGGGAAUGGAAGCAGAAGACCUACCUUGUGAAAAUAGAGAUUCUAAAACAGCUUAGAAUGAAACAGUGUAGAGAUGUGUAACAAUUUUGCUCUUGCAAAAACCAUAAAUUAUGUUUGAUAGUUUAAUGUCUAAAGUAUGACAGUUGUUCUAAGAAAGGUAAAUACUGAGGAAAAUGUAUAAUUUUAUUGGAAUGAUAAUUGUUCUUCAAAAUAAUUUUAAUUUAAGUGGCAAAGUAUACAAAUAAGAUAGAUUACUGUGGUGUUGUACCUUAACAUUUGGUUAUGUGCUUUUUGCAUUAGAGUAGCACAAUGAUAUGCUGGACUUUGCUUUGAGAGCUGAUUUUCAAGGAAGAGAAAUGUUACUAACAAGCAUUUUGGCAAAUGGAGUGUCAUUUGUAAAACAUCAAAGCUGGCAGCUUGUGUAUUUUCUUAAAAUCUUAGUGCUCCUCCAACAUUUGUGUAUAGUUGCUUAUAGUUUCUGCUAGUACAAGUAACACAUGCUAUUUAGUGAUCCUAAUAUUUGUGAUAGCAACAAAAGAAUUGCAUGGAAGUGUUCCAGCCAUUCCCCUUUUAAUUGAUUUUAGUUUAGAUGAUCGAAAAUGAUGCAAUGUAAAUAUAUAGAAUACAAGGUUUUAAUUUCAAAUUCUAACUGUUAAUGAAGCACAGCCUAUUUCUUAACAGCCCUGUUCUCUCACUAAUGCUUGUGAACACUAUAAGAAAUAUGUGUCAUUAAACCAUUUAUAUAAACUGUUUAUACCAAAUUAAACAUUGUAAUAUAACAGAUGUUUUACUGGAAGUAAAACUUGCAUGCAAACAAUAGUACAUAGACAUACAUGACAAUGUUUGAAAAGCAAGAUCAAUUGUCAAUAAGUAGCUUUGUAUACAAGGAACUGAAAAAAAGACUAGAUGACAAAAUUUUCUAUUUGUUCAUAAGUUUAACACAAUCAAACAAUUUUAAAACCAAAAGAAUUCAUCCCUUAAUACAAUCUUUGUUUUUUUUUAACCUGGCUAAAACAGCAGUAAAGUUUAUUGGACAGUGUAAUGCGCAGAUGAACAAACAGGUCUCAACUUCUGUGAAUAAUCAGAUAAUUUUACCUCCGACUGUUUCACCGCCUUUUAGCAAACCUUUUUGAUAUUUUCAGAUAUGUAUUUUUACUCAAUUGCUAACUUUCUUAGAUCUGCAUGUACUAACAUCUGCCAUUACACUGUCAAAACAAGCCCGCUGCUUCAUUUCCAGUUUAAAUCAAAGGAGUGAUUUAUCAUAGUAUUAGACCCGCAUUAGCACAGAAAAGUCAGAAUUAUCAUUGAACAAACUGAUACAUUAACCAAAGCAACUACAUUGAAAACAUUACAAACUAAGAAAGACUGACAUGUAUGACUAUGGCUUUUUGAGUCUAAUUUUUCUCUAAAUUGUGUUCAUGGCAGCAGUGAGUUGUAGUGCCUAAAUGAAUCUACAGGAAUGCUAUAUCUGAUAGUGAGAAUAAAAGGGAUGUGUGAAUUUUCUUAAACUGAGUGCAUUGUAAAAAUGUGUAUUGUAUUUCUGGUUGUAUACCCUUGUUAGCUUUGUAUAGGGAAACUUGAACAAAGUCUGAUGUAUUGCACAUUUUCAUGCCAUGUGAACAAUGUAUCAGUUUUAAAUAAAAUCUUCAGAACAUUUCACUUA